AUGGUCUCCCUUUCGGUCUCGACCCCUAAUUUCACCACCCCUUUCGUCGGCCAAAAACUUACUUUUCGUGCAAAUACAAAGAAGCUGCCAACAUCUUACUCCCCUGUACGAACCCCUAGAUGUGCUGCCGAUACAUCUUAUGGAGGUAAUGUUCCAAAGUUCCCUCGAACCAGCAUUUGGGAUCCCUAUAAACGUCUUGGUGUAAGCUAUGAUGCUUCUGAGGAAGAAAUUUGGGGAUCACGAAAUUUUCUCUUGCAGCAGUAUGCUGGACAUGAGAGAAGUGAAGAAUCAAUUGAAUCUGCUUUUGAGAAAAUCUUGAUGGCCAGCUUCACACAGAGGAAGAAAACAAAGAUUAAUUUGAAGAGCAAGUUAAAAAAGAAAGUUGAAGAGUCUCCACCUUGGGUUAAGAAUCUGCUCAAUUUUGUGGAAGUUCCACCUAUUGAAGUCAUUUUCAGAAGAUUGUUCCUCUUUGCGUUCAUGGGUGGCUGGAGUAUCAUGAACUCAGCUGAAGGUGGACCUGCUUUUCAGGUGGCAGUCUCCUUGGCAGCUUGCAUAUAUUUCCUCAAUGAGAAGACAAAGAGCUUGGGCAGAGCUUGCAUUUUUGGGCUUGGAGCUCUUGUGACUGGCUGGGUAUGUGGUUCGGUUUUGGUACCCAAUAUUCCGUCAAUGCUAUUACACCCAACUUGGACUCUCGAGCUUGUAACGUCACUCGUAGUAUAUGUGUUCCUGUUUCUUGCUUGUACCUUUCUCAAGUAG